CGGAUUCAUCUAUGACGAUCGCGUUAAUGUCACGUAAAGAUACCAAGUAAAACAAAAAUGAAGGCGAUCGAUGACAUUUAUUGGACAAAGCAUAAGCACGACGAUGUCAGUUUUAAAAAUUUCCACUCUCAUGAUAAUUUUUCUGGUUAACAUCAUCGAUUCGUCAGAAGAAGAUAAGGGGAAGUACAUUUUUACCAAUGGAGAUUUUAUAAUAGGACUAUUAUUUCCUGUACAUCAUGUGCCACCCACCAAGCAAAAGAAAUCGCAUCACAGCAUAAUUUGCGGCACAAUUAGAGAACAAUAUGGAGUGCAGAGAGUGGAAGCCACCCUGCAAACUAUCGACAAAAUAAACAACGACCCUCAUCUAUUGCCAAAUUUGACUUUAGGGGUAGAAAUUCGGGACGAAUGUUGGUACGCUCCGGUUGCAUUACAACAAAGUAUAGAACUAAUUAGAGAUUCUAUUACGCCUACACCAAAUCGGUUAGUCUCGUGCCCUAGUUUGGAUGAUUUAAGUUCAAAUUCAGAACUGAAAGGACCUUUAGUUGGUGUUGUCGGACCUGGAGCGAGUUCGGUUGCGCUUCAGGUGCAAAAUCUUCUCCAAUUGUUUCAUAUACCACAAGUUGGAUACUCCACUACUUCCAGAGAUUUAUCGGACAAAAGUAGAUUUAAUUACUUUCAAAGAGUAGUGCCUUCAGAUUACUAUCAAGCGCAAGUUAUGUUGGAUAUUGUACGAUACCAUGGAUGGACGUAUGUUUCCGCCGUAAAUACAGACGAAAACUAUGGACAAUCAGGUAUUCAGGCAUUCCGGGAAUUAGCUGAAGAAGCCGAUGUGUGCAUAGCUCGUGAGGAUUCUGUCCUUAGUAAUGCUCCAGCAGAAGUUUUUGAUAAAGUUAUUAUAAAUCUUCGACAAGAUGUUAAUGCUCGAGUUGUCGUAUGUUUCUGCGAAGGAUUUACUGUUCGUGGACUUUUAAUGGCUACUCGCAGGCUGAACAUUAGCAACCACUUUAUCUUUAUUGGAAG